AUGGACGAGGGCGUCACGCGCGAAUCAUCCCCAACCUUGAAUCCAGGCACAACCGACGCAGAACUGGACACGCCGAAAGGAACCCUCGCACAGCGUACAUGGCGAACAUUGAAGACUCCCGGUUCCGCUUUGCAGAUUGUCAUUGCAGCGUUAAUCGCCAUUGCUAUUGGUCUGGCGCUUUCUGCGACCGUCGACGACAUUCCUGAAGCGGUGCCAGCCAUCCUGGAAAUUCCAGGUUCCUUGUGGUUACGAGCUCUCAGAGCGACAGUCCUGCCUCUGAUCAUCACGGCCAUCAUCCUGGCCGUGCAGAACCUCAAGGCCAUGACGGCGAACGGCUCUAAGCUGGCCAAAUGGACCAUCUCGUACUAUGUUCUCACCACAAUUCUUGCUGUUGUCCACAGUCAAAUCCUCGUCGAUCUGGUGUGGACAAAUCUAAUGGUGACGGCCAACCCGGAUACUCUCGGCAUUACACCCGAGACCCAAGAGACGAUCGAUGAGCAAUCGGGCAAUAAACCCCACGACAUUGUGGUCGAGGUUGCCGAAUCAUUCAUCCCGCAGAACGUUGUCAAAGCUCUUGCCGAGGAUCAACUCCUCGCGGUUCUGGUCAGUGCAGUAAUCGUCGGAUGUCUGAUCAAAGGUCCCGAGGAGAAGUCGUCACUGCUGCGAGCCAUCAAGGAGGUCGACCGAAUCGUCUUCGUCAUCAUCGAAUUCCUCAUCAAGCUCGCGCCCAUUGGUGUCUUCUUCCUGAUUCUCUCCAAUCUGCUCACUCUCGACGUGGCAGACAUUGGACAGAACCUCGGAGUAUUGAUCGGUGCCUCGGUCGCGGGAAUGUUCAUUCAUCUUUUCAUCAUCCUUCCGAUCAUUUUCGUGGCUUUCACCAGAAAGAACCCAUUCACCUGGUGGAUGAAGCACUCGCCAGCCUGGAUUACGGCCUGGGGCUCCGCCAGCUCAGCGGCUACCUUGCCCGUCACCAUGCGAUGUCUGGAGAAGAACAAAAUUCCCCAGAAUGUAUACAAGUUCACAGCGCCGCUCGGAGCUCUGAUAAAUAUGGACGGUACUGCCAUCUAUUUCCCCGUCGUUGUCGUCUUCCUCGCCGUGACCCAAGGCCAAACACUCAAUGCCGGAGACUACACUCUCAUCGUCUUAUUAUCCGUAUUAUCCUCCAUUGCGACCACGCCAAUUCCUUCUUCAUCACUCGUCCUGACCAUCAUGAUCGCUGGCUCUGUCGGGAUCCCGAUCACGGGAAUGUACGCGGUCGUCGUGGCCAUUGACUGGUUCAUCGAUCGAUUCCGAACCGCUCUGAACGUCAGCAGUGAUAUCUUUGCCGCCCAAAUUCUUACGAAAGUCACGGGGAUCACCGAUGAGGAUGUGGGUGAGGUAGGAGAGGAGAGACGAGCAUUGGAGAGAAUUCAAAAUGAGGCUUCUGAGACAGCGGCGCGUUGAGAGUUUGGGAUGAUACUCACUUACACUGCGAGCAGAAUUUUCGUGGUCUUGGACGACAGCAAGGAAAUAAGGAACCAACUUCACCCCUU